GCCGCCCUUCACUGCAAACAUACCCUAUGACCAUUUGCUCGAAUACAUAGAAUUUGACAAUCCUCCAUUUCCGGAUCCUGAAAUUCCUCCACAUAUUCAAGGAACCGAGCGCUUUGUGCAACUGCUGACUAGGGAUUCACCUCGAACUAUAGAAAAAAAUCGCGAUGGUGUUAUGGCAGUCACGGUUGCAAGUCGAAACGCAACAUCUAGGAUGGACAGCAAAUGCAACUUUAAAACUAAUUAAUUCUGAACUUUAGAAGUAUAUUAAAUUUUGUUUGGCCCUUAACAGUUUAGUUUUUGCCUUAAUACGAUUUUGCUGCAAUACGAUUUCGCGGAAGAUUAAAGCUAUUAAAGCUUGAAAUUUUAUUUAUUAUUAUUUUAAUUUGGAUAGGUAACAUAUACACACACCGACCACAGCGGCCAACGACCAUACCACGCUGAAUACAUCGGUUCUCGUCCGAUCACCGAAGCUUUUUAAAACGCGAUCUAAAUACUAUCUAUAUAUAUAAAAAUGAAAUGGUGUAUAGUUGUAACGCUAAAACUCGAAAACGGCUGAACCAAAUGAAAUACUUCCUUUGGGGGAUUUGUUUGUUAUUACCACGCGCAGGUCAUGUCUUAAAAUCAGAACAAAAUAUUAAGGGGGCGUGGCACCUCCCAUACAAAUUGAAAUUUUCAAGUCGAAUAUCUUCAAAAGUGUUUAAGGUAGGAACAUGAAAAUUGGUACACAGCUACAGGAUAACAACACCACUCUCAGCUAUAAAACCGGGGGCUAUCGAAUAAGGGGGCGUGGUACCUCCCAUACAAAAUAAAUUUUUUAAGCAGAAUAUCUGUGAAAGGGUUCAAGGUAGGGACCUGAAAAUUGGUAUAGACCUUUAUGGUAUCAAAAGCCUUCUAACACAUAAAAGAAGGGGUAAUCGGAAAAGGUGGCGUGGCACCUCCCAUACAAACUGAAUUUUUCAAGGUGAAUAUUUUCAAAAGUGUUUAAGGUAGGAACAUGAAAAUUGGUAUAUAGUUAUAGGAAACAACACCAUUCUCACCCAUAAAACUUGGCGUUAUCGAAAAAGGGGGCGUGGUACCUCCUAUACAAUCUUUAAUUAUUUUGGUUGUUAAUCCACCAUAUAUUUAUCUCAUUUUCCACCUAGCACGACAUUUUGGUUGUUUCUUGCUAUUUUUGUUUAUUUAUCGGUGACAGUAGCGGUUAUAUCGUAAUUUUGGUUGUGUUACGUGCUAUUUUUGGUUUAUGGAAAUGGGAGUUUUAUGAAACAAACACAAAUUUAAUUAAACGUCAAUUUUGCUUUGCAAUCGAACACGCAAAAUUUAGAGGGCAAUAAAAAUGCGCCUUGCUUUACUGAUAUAUUGAUAAAUUUUGUUUUAAAAAGUGUGUUAUUUAGUGAAAGUGAUUUAGCGUGUUGGCGAAUAUUGAUUUAUGUACAUUGGAAUUUAUCAUUCAAUUGAUCUGCUUCCUUAGUUUAAUUCAUUCAUUCUUGGAGUUUUCAAAGGUAAGUUAUUGGUCCGUAAAACCUUAUAUGAACUUUAUGCAAAUGAAUGAUCAUUUCCAAUUAGAUAUUUGUUACGAUGCCAAGAAUCAGUACGUAUGGUAACACUUCUCGGAGUUCCCAGGCCGCAAGUAGAACACGAAAUAGCAGAGCACGUCAAAGGGAAAUUGUUAUUGAGAGGGUAUCACCACGAAAUAGACUGCUGGAGAAUAGCACGCACCAGUUAGAAGAUGUCAACCAAACAUACAAUCAGCAAGAGCGAUUUAGAAGAAGGGAAGUUCACAAUCAGCAACAACGAUCGAGAAGAAGGGAAGUUCGUGCUCGCCAAAGUGAUGAAGUAAGAUCACAACAUGCGAUUAUUCGACGACAACAGCGGCAACAUCUUUCGUUUGUGAACAUUGAACGGGUAGGUUUUCGAUAUGAUCCAAACAUUCAAUAUAGCGCAUCUGUUCAAAUCGGUCAGAUGUCAGUAGUUUGUCAAUAUUGCAAUGCAGUCAAAUUUCAAAAUGAACCGCCAGGGUUAUGUUGUGUCGGGGGAAAGGUUAAGUUGCCAGAAUUGCUUCCACCACCACAGCCAUUGUUCCAACUGCUUUACGGUGAAUCUCCUCACUCGAGCCAUUUCUUAAAGCACACUAAAAUGUACAAGGAUUGUUUUCAAAUGAGGUCGUUUGGCGGUGAAAUUGUAAAUGAAGAAAACUACAAUCCAACGUUUAAGGUAUUUUUGCCAAACAAUAUUCGACAGAAACUACAGAGCUUUCCUCCAAUUAUACACGUUCAUGGGCAAAUGUUUCAUCUCGCUGGAUCGCUGUUGCCGCAUCCAGAUCAAGAACACAAAUAUCUCCAAAUUUACUUUCUGGGAGAUUCACAUGAUGAAGUAAAUCGGCGUUGUGCUAUCUUCAAUACAAUGAAAAGAGAAAUAAUCGAACAAUUGCAGCAAAUGUUACACGAACACAAUGGCCUCAUUAAACUGUUUACGAUUUCGUUGCAAGGUAUGCUAACAGAUGAUCAUAGUAUAAUCAUACAAGCGGACAAAAGACCAACAGGGUCACAUGAAAGACAAUAUAAUGCACCUACAGUUAGCGAAAUAUCAGUUGUUGUUGUUGGAGAAAAUUUGCAGUCGAGUGAUAUUGUUAUCAAAUGUAGAAAUCAAAACGCACUAAAACGGAUAAGUGAGACACAUCGGUCUUACGACGCAAUGCAAUAUCCGCUCAUGUUCUGCCGUGGAGAAGACGGAUAUCACUUAGGAUAUAAGAUGAUAAAUCCGGUGAAUGGUGUCGAGACAAAUAAAAAAGUCAGUUCAAUGAAGUUUUACGCAUAUCGAAUGAUGAUUCGCCAAAACUAUGACAACCACUUACUGAGAUAUAGACGGUUAUUUCAACAGUAUGCAGUUGACAUGUACGUUAAAGUUGAGACAGAACGACUAAAUUACAUGCGAUACACCCAGUCGAAGUUGCGAUCUGAAGAGUAUAUUCACUUAAGAGAUGCAAUGAAUGGUGAUGCGGAUAUUACAGAUAUUGGUCGACUCUAUAUUUUGCCAUCGACAUACAUUGGUAGUCCUAGACACAUGCAUGAGUACUCCCAGGAUGCGAUGACUUACAUGCUCAAUUAUGGACGGCCAGAUUUGUUUCUUACAUUUACUUGCAAUCCAAAAUGGCCAGACAUUACGAAUCUAUUGCAUAACGGUCAAUCCCCAAGCGAUCGCCACGAGGUUACAGCACGCGUGUUUAAACAAAAACUCAGAUGUUUGAUGGACUUUAUUACGAAAAAACGUGUAUAUAGCACUGUUCGAUGCUGGAUGUACUCAGGGUUUUUUUCAAAAGAGCUGCUGCGAAUCGGAAAUGGACAAGUUCCGAUAGAUCCUUGCAGUGGAUUAAUAUCGAUUCCAACUACUAUUUGCCAAUUCACAUCUAAUAAAUAUGAACUAAUCAGUAGUGUAUAUCCAAAUAUUGCUCAAAAUUAUGGUAACUACGAUUGGUUAAGCACGCGCGCAAUUUUAGCAGCAAAAAAUAUGGAUGUCAACGACUUGAAUUGGACGAUUCAAAAUCAAAUUCCGGGAGAUCUGCGGUCAUAUAAAUCAAUCGAUCGCGUUGAAAAUGAAGACGAGGUAGUAAAUUACCCAGUGGAGUUCUUAAACUCUUUGAUGCCGCCUGAAGUGCCGCCUCAUAAUUUGCGUCUCAAAGUUAGGUCUGUAGCUAUUAUGCUACGGAAUCUUCAUGCUCCCAAACUGUGCAAUGGUACUCGACUGAUUGUGACCAAGCUAAUGGACAAUUUAAUAGUGGCAAGCAUUUUGAAAGGCCCGUUCAAGGGAGAGGAAUGCUUACUUCCCCGAAUUCCAUUAACUUCAACAGAUUUGCCAUUCCAAUUCAGACGUUUGCAGUUCCCAGUGAAACUUGCAUUUGCGAUGACAAUAAACAAGUCAUAAGGGCAGUCGCUGGAAGUGUGCGGCAUAAGUUUAGAAAUGUCUUGCUUUUCACUUGGCCAGCUCUAUGUGGCGUGUUCCCGUGUUGGAAAACCUUCCUCACUGUUUAUUUACGCCGCGGAUCAGAAAACCAAAAAUAUCGUGUACCGUGCAGCCCUAAACUAAAUAUGUACUAAAAUUAUAUAUUUUCGAGACUCGAUUAAAACUAAUAAAAUUGAAUGAGAAUAGUACAAACUUAAUUCUAUUAAAUUGUCAACAAAUCCCGGACGCGAUGUGUCAGCAUUAUUGAAAAGAGUAGCAUUUUUCAAGCAAUUAAAUUCAAAAAGCAUUAAUGUACCCUCGAAAAAAAUAUUUAUCAGGCAGGUUCUGGCAAUUUCAGUAAAAUUUGUAAAAAUUUUGUCAAAUUAGGUACAGAAGGUAUUUUCCACAAAAUUUCACUCGGAAGUAAAUUGCAGAACCUGCCUGUAUAUCAUGUUUUUUUAUUUAAAUUUUUUAUCAAAAACAGUUCAAAAAUCUUAGCAAUAAUUUUUUCUUCACUAUUUUUCAAUAUUGGGAAUUUGUCAAGGACAAAAAAGGCGGUAUUUAAAGUAUACGCAAUGAAAUUAGGAAAAAUUGUUCAUAUUCCAUUAAAACCAAUACCGGUGUAAUUUUUGAAAUAAAAAAACAUCUAUUUUGGGCAGAAUGAAGUUUGCCGGGUCAGCUAGUUAUUUUAUAAAUAUCUAAUUUAUUUUUAAGGGUCACAACGUUUUAUUUCUUAAAAUUACAAAACCCAUGAUCUUUUACAUUUCUUGUGUAUUGAUGAUUUAAUGGCCUAUUUCAUAAAAAACUUUUUUAACAUUAAUCUAAACAUCAAAAUUAGACCGUCAUCUAUACAGCUUCUAAAGCUGUUGGAAUUUCCUUUCGAACAAAUCCAGACAUAACCACUUUUGUUAGUUUUCUUAAAAGAUUCAGUAACAUUUUUGAAUGUUUUAAAUUUGUGUAGAGCACUUUCUUAAAAUUGGAAGUAUAUAUAUAGAGAUCUUAGAUCAACUUGAUAUGCAUCACAAAAAGAACGUUAUAUACAUAUACAUAUGUAUAUGUUUUAAGGUACGGUCUUCCUAGUUAAAACUUAGCGAAAACCAGUACCAAAACUAUGUUGUAAAAUUCAAAUUUUGUCA